AUGGACGGCAAUGGCAAUCAAUGGGUUUUAUCUCCAUUCAAGGAGGCUGCAGAAUUCUUAGAGCUCAUCAAGACCGCUGAACAUCUCAUUGCCCGCUGCAACAAGAUAUGCGAUGAGCUCGAGCAGAUGCGCCUGGCUGUUGAACUCGAAGCCGCCAAGGUCAACAACCACUGGCACGCCUACAUCCCCGGUUUCAGCACAUUCUGGCAGGCCAACGUCAGCCAACGAACUCGGGCGGAGGCCUUGAUUCAACGAUGUCAAGAAACGCAUGAACCGGGUUCAGAGGCCGAGGGUUCGCUUUCUCGAGAUUUCAGGCUCAUAGAAGGGGAGCUCGCCUCAUACGAGAACCACUGGUCGGCAAUCAAAAAAUGUUGCUCAAUCACCUGGUUUCGGUUCGCAGUCCCCUACUCAAAGCUGGACGGCCAACAAACCUCAGUAUUCGUCAGUGCUAUUGUCGACAACGGGCAUGAGUGGAUGCGGGUACUCAGCAUCACCGAGCGGGCUCUGUUAGUACAGAUGGCCGAAGCAGAUUUUCCCUGGGACGAGCCCGAUGAUGAUGACGAUGAGGACGAUGACCUGGAAGAAGUUAUCAACGACGAAGAAACCCAGAUUGAGGUUCUGAAGAGUGCAAAACAGCUGCUGGCUGCCGCUCGCGAGAUACAUGGGGGUUACCAGCAUCGUGUACGAAUCGUGCUUCCAAAUAUCUCUCGGGGUAGUGUCCCUGCCAUAGACAGGUUUUUGAAAAGGAUUGAGUGCCUUGGUGACGACCACAUCUCACUUGCGUUGGAAUGCGCCGAAGAGAGCCAGACCCCGCCUCCACCUCUCGAAUUCGCGAUACCAAAUCUUCUUAGUCAUGGCGAUGCUGUGAAAGUGCCACCCCUGACUCCAUAUUUGAACAUCGACACGUCCAUAUUUGUGGCCUUGACGACAGACAUCUCUCACAGUCAUAGCUCACAGCGAAAGUGGCGUCCCAAGAUCUUGGAAGACGUGGGAGAUGAAGCGGAGCACGGUCCUAGGCUACCCAAGUCCCUUUACCCCCUUCUUCGCGGCCACACGCUUGUCUGCACUCGCGAGGCGGCGGAGACAUGUCUGCGCAUGGUAUACGAUGCAUCUACAGAGUCGGAAGUCUCUCGCAUAGAAAUACUGCUUGGACAGGAGGAUCGCAGGGGGAAGCAGGACGACAAGUUGACUUUCCUGGAUCGUGUUCUACGGCAGGAUGGGUGGCCCAUUGAGGAAAAGGGCGAUGAGGCAACGGAGAAUCGUCGCCUGAAUUUGGUUGCAGAACUCCAGAAGCUGUCAUGCCAUCCAGUACCGGAAGAUCUGCAACUACCCAUUCGUAUCGUAGAAGACUUCCGCAGGGAACACGUCGCGAACGAGGUCCGCAAGGGGACACUGCCAAAGGUCGUGUUGGCGGUGGAGCCAACGCUCAACGAGACGAACUGCUCGUCUUUCCUGUAUGGGUGGAAGACGAACCACACCACAAUAACAUGCAAUCGGCAUGCUGUAAAGCGGUUGGGCAACCUCGUCAAGAAGAUGCGGUGGUCUCGCGAUGCAGAGGCGGCACCAAUUAUCGCUAUGGACUGGGCUCGAGGUCUAGCAAAGAUCCCGUUUCCUGGCGAGGUCUUGGUAGAUGGUCCGCUGAAGGCAGGCACAGACUAA